AUGACCGAAUCAACACCCACCUUAAAAACAACAUACGCAUCCCCCACCAACCCCCCCUUCACCCUCACGCAACCCCUCCCCCCACAUCCACGCCUCUCCAACCGCUCCAACCCCUCCGCCAAAACCGCCUACCUAUCCGCACUGCGCAAAGCAACCUCGCAGAUGCAGGAGGAUAUUAACAAGGAGCUUACGAUGCGGAUGGAGGAAGAUAACGCUGUGGAUAUGGCAUCCAAGGCAAAGGGCGGGGUAGAUGAGGCUAAGGAGGAGGAUAAUUAUGGGGAGGAGGUUCCUGAGGAGGAUUGA